CGUGCAUGCGCAUCACGACCGGUGCAAGCUGCCUUCCUUCACUAGGCGACCAUGGCGCAGGAUAUUACUAUGGAAGAUGCACCUAAGCGGAGAGUCGAGGAGACCAACGGGGACGUCAAUGGUCACCAAUCCAAGCGCUUCAAGGUCUCAGUCUCGCCCGAACCUGAGCUUGAGGAAGCACCUGCAGUAAAUGGCACACAUGCGCCUGUUGACGAGGCCGAGCCGCCCAAGAGUAUAUCGCUAUUCCCGUUGAAGCCAGCAGUAUUGGAAGAACGAAAUAGCGACAUUUCUUUCCAAGUCGUGAAUAACGACGGCGAACCAAGAUCAUCAUUCAUCCUUAGCGGCCUGAAAUGUAUCUUCCAGAAACAGCUGCCCAAGAUGCCCAAAGACUAUAUCGCAAGACUAGUCUACGAUCGAACUCACUUGAGCAUAGCAAUAGUCAAGCGGCCGCCACCAGGAAGCCACGCCGAAUCAUCAGGCCUGCCUGGUGAGGUGGUGGGCGGCAUUACCUACCGCCCCUUCCAAGGCCGAGAGUUCGCCGAGAUUGUCUUCUGCGCCAUCAGCAGCGACCAGCAAGUCAAGGGCUAUGGUGCUCACCUCAUGAACCAUCUCAAAGACUACGUCCGUGCCACGAGCGACGUCAAGCACUUCCUCACCUACGCCGACAACUACGCUAUUGGCUACUUCAAGAAGCAAGGGUUCACCAAAGAGAUCACGCUCGACAAGACGAAGUGGAUGGGCUACAUCAAGGACUACGAAGGUGGCACCAUCAUGCAGUGCACCAUGCUGCCCAAGAUCCGCUACCUCGAAGCCAGCCGCAUGCUCCUCAAGCAGAAAGCCGCCGUGCACGCCAAGAUCCGCGCCAUCACGAAGGCACAUGAGGUCCAUCAACCACCAGCCGCCUGGCGUAACUGCAAGCCAGGAGAACCCCUCCCCGCCAUCGACCCGCUCAGCAUCCCCGCCAUUCGCGCCACCGGUUGGUCUCCGGAAAUGGAUUCUCUCGCGCGUCAACCUCGCCGUAACCAGUCCCACUCCCUCCUGCUAUCCCUCCUCUCAGCCCUCCAGACUUCCUCCUCCGCAUGGCCAUUCCUGCAACCCGUCAACGGCGACGAGGUCACGGACUACUACGACACCAUCAAAGAACCCAUGGAUCUCGGCACCAUGGAGAGUAAGCUAGACAAGGAUCAAUACGAGACUGUCGACGAUUUCGUGAGGGAUGUGCUGUUGAUCGUGAGGAACUGUAAGCGGUACAACUUGGAGAACACGCCGUAUGCGAAGGCGGCGACGAAGUUGGAGAAGGAGAUGUGGAAGAAGGUUAGGGAGGUGCCGGAGUGGAGUUAUCUGGAGCCGGAGAACUUUCCGACGACUAAUAAGGAGGAGUCGUGAGUGUUUCUCCUUGUUGUUGUUAUCCUUAGCGUGGUGUUGGUGGGCAGUUUUGGAUUAAGAUACCCUUGGGCUGGUGAAGGGCCAUGAACUUGCUUGGUUACAGUCUUUCCUGUUCCUCGCACUAGGCGAAAUUGCUCACUAAAUCAAUCUGACCGGACCAAGCGUCUCUGUAUGCC